AACAUCCCCUGUGAUGGUUUUAUCUCCACUUUAAGCAUCUUUCAGUAUUUCAACUAUUAACAUUGUUUCCCCCCCUCAAGACAGCUGCCCUCGUGUCACUAUCAUGGGUUAAUUAGUACAUUGUAAAGAUGAUCAGAUGAGCGCUGAACAUAGAUUUUUUGCCCUCACAUUGCCACUCACUAUCAGAGCCCAAGCGUGGUUUCCAGGGAAACUGGAAAAUGUGAAGCUUUUCAACAGGCACAGCAGCCACGGUUUUAAAGAGCGACGAUUGCCUCAGACAGAUUCUUCUAGAGACAACCCUGGAACCAGCACAGCAGUCAAGAGCAGGGAAAGAACGCCACACAUUUCAGUGUCCAUCAAUAUCAAGUUUGGACCAUGUUUGACCUGAAUAUAACUAAAGGACUUGACGGGACUUCAUCAGUCUGAUUAGAGCGCUCAGGAAUAUCUUCUACUUUCAAUCAGGGACAAAAUGGGAAGUCUGAAGAACGAGACGCAAGGUUUUGACAAAGAGGACGGAGAGCGUUCAAAUGGCGACUCUAUCCUUGAGGAACCAGUCGUGAGCACCAAUCAAGAAUCAUCAAGUGAAGGCGGCGGGCAGACAGAACUGAUCCAUAAUGAAAGCCAUGCUGAUGAUGAAAGCUUGGAGGAAACAAAAGAUCAAGCUCAGUCCGGGAGGCAUGGUGACCGGACCGAUGCGGUACCCGUGAAUCCUGAGAGGCUCCUCAACUGUGCAAAUGAUACAAACAUGUCCGAGGAUAAAGUCUUGUCUCCUUUGCCAUCAACUGUGGACCCCUCCGACCCGAAUUCCCCGGCACCUUUUGGGCAGCACCAUAUGUGCACGCAGGUCAGCUUGGAGGUGGUCCAAUGUCACUCAACAGCCACCAGCCCCAUGACCCCACCUGAGGGGGGCCAUUCCUUCAUCUUCCCAAGCUCCUUGAUGAAAUCCAGCACAGUGGGAUGUUCUGAUAGUAAAGAUGCUGAACUUCAGGUGGGUCAGCAAGUGGAGUUCUGCUCAGUGGCCACAUCUCCGAUGACUCCAAAGACGCCCUCGAUCACAGCGUUCCCAGUACUUACUGGGAGUGCAAAGACAACAAGAAGUUCAGCAGAAGCUACCACUUCUCCGGAAAGCUCCACCUGUUCUGCUGCUGAGCCACGCUUGGAAGAUAAUAACAAGCGGUGUAAGCAACAACAGAUGGGAAGUAUGGACCAAGACAUUACAAUCCUGGUGACCCACUAUGACAACACUCAAGGCAAAGAGCAGCAGGAGUCAGCCUGUUCUCCUGUAGAGACAGACAUGGUCAAGAUUGAGGAAAGUCAAGAAGGUCCUGAUGACACAAGCAUAAAAUGUCCACAUAACAAAAUCCAAGAAGGAGACCAAAUACAUUCAAAGCCAAACAUCAAACUUAACCAACUGGAGGAGAAGGAUGUCCCAAAGCCUCCUCUUGUCCCUGAAUCUCCAGCGCCUGUCGGCUGCCACAAUAUUCGCACCCAAGUGAGUCUGGAAGUGGUGCAGUGUCACUCAGUGGCCACCAGCCCGAUGACCCCACCUGAGGGGGAUCACGCCUUCCACUUCCCAAGUUCUAGCAUAAGAAAAGACGCAGAGAUGCAAGUGGGUCAACAAGUGGAGUAUCGCUCUGUCGCUACGGCACCAAUGACGCCAAGAACGCCCACCGUCACAACUUUUCCCGAGAUCAGAAAAGAGCCUAGCAUCGGGGAGAACAUCGCGGAAGAGGAGGAGGAAGAAAAGCAAGAACAACUUGAGGAAAAAGAAGAAGAAGCAGCUGAGGAGAAAUUAGCGGAUGACACUGAGGAGGACCACGACUGCAAGGAGAAGAGCGAGGAGGUGGUGCAGGAGGUGAGCUGGGACGAGAAGGGCAUGACGUGGGAGGUGUACGGGGCUGUGGUGGAAGUGGCCGUUCUGGGCUCAGCCAUCCAGAAACACCUGGAGAAACAGGUGAAGAAGCAGAAGCCCUCGUUGCCUCCCCCUCCUCCGCUCAACCCCUCGGCCAUACCUCUGACCCCCGAGGCCACCCAGGGGGGCGGAAGCCGUGCGGCCAAGAGGGGAGAGCAAGAUGAGAAGGUGGGCCGGAACAGAAGAAACCCUUUUCGGCAUCUGAUGGAGAACAUGCAACAGCCGCAUUGUUGCUCUCGAGCGCACACCACAGAGUGACGUAUCAUGAGCCAUGUCACACAGAAAAGGACUACAUGAUGCCGAAGUGUCACAAGGCGCUAACACGCCCUGUGACACUUGAUUUUUGGGGGCCGGCUUUGUCCUGUGUCACUCACAAACACAUAAGUUAAACUUACCAUACAUCGUGUUUUAGCCCUUUUUUGCUCUGCAGAAUUUCGCCCCAAAAACACAAUCUGUUCCGUGAUUCCGGUUGACUUCCGAGUCUAUUUUCAAAACAAUGUAUUUGACUAACAUAAGGGGGGGUACUGUCGCUGCCAUGAAACCGAAGUGAACCAAACAUAAAGUAAAACUACGCUAGCUCUUUGAUUGUGUUUACAGAAAAGGUUGUGAAAAAUAACCAGGUCCUCAUAAGCUUUGCGGUUGCUUCGUCAGUAUUUUUACUUUGUUUUAAUUUAGUUUAUUCGCAUUUAACAAGGACAUUGUGCGAGCAUAUUAAUCCUUACAAAAAGACGACAUGCUGUACAACAGAUUUAGCCACAGCUACUUUCCAUCUUCUUCUGCAGAAAGUCGUUUACAAAUAUAAAAUCAAUAAAAUGCAAUCAAUGAAACAAUCAACAUUCAUACAGCAUAUCCAACAGUAUAUCAUUUAUAGCCAUUCACAACAAUUUCGAAUGAAAACUACAAACAGGAACUAAUGAAGGAAAUACAUUUAGAGAGUUCAUGUUAGCUUAGUUCGGUCCUCAUUAACUACUGUAAUUUAGCGUACUUACGUAUGUUCACUGCUGAGUUCCCAGUAAUAUUUUCUUUUUAAGUCAUUCAUACUCAAAAUUGAUAGGUUGUGAAAUAGAAAAAAAAUAGCACAGUAUUUGUUUGCUAGCUUCGCUGGUCAGUUCCUUGCUAGUUGCUAGCCAAAAUGUUAGCAUCUGCUUUGCCAUACUAAUAUGUGUAAGUAAUGUAUAUUUAAUGACUCAUUAAGAUAUUGUACUUCAAGACAUAUGUGCAUAUGUCACAAUAAGUUCCAUAACCGGGAAAGUGACGUUAAAGAAGUAAUUAGUUAUAGUUAGUAAUUAGUUAUAGUUCCGCUAUUGAUGCAAUAUGACUCAAGGAAGUGAGACAGUACCAAAAAAGAGUAAUGGAAUUGCAUAUUAUGUAUUUCUCCUUCAUUAAUGUAAUUAGUCACCAUGUUGAAUUUUUUUUAAAAGGAACUGGUAAUUAUUGAGAGAUGUAUGAUGAUAUUGGAGUUACAAACACUUUUCCCCUUAACAUAAUGUACACUUCACGUGUAUAUUGUUGCCUUUUAUACUACGUGUGUGAUGUAGAAGCAACGCUAGUACUACCAUCCUGAAAAUGACUCUUUUAACUUGACAGUACCCUGAAUUGACGUUUCAAAACAAGUUAAGUCGCUGCAGUACCUUAACUUGCCAGUGGAAAAAAACUUUAUCCUCCCAUUCGGAUGCUUUUAACUUCUUACUUUAUGCUUCUUCCCUUCUUAGUGUCAAACUUAGCAACUCUUAGAAUAAUUAAAUUGUUAGUUAUUGUUAAAGCCGCGGCCGUCACAUCAGAGACGCCAUAGCCUGCACAAGCGAUGUGCAACAUGAUGUAAACAAAAUUAAUGUCAGACUGGUUGUCCCGUAUAGCAAUCAUGUGACAAACGUCAUCGUGAGAAUGGAUGAUAGGCUGAUGUCAAACUUUUUUUUUAAUGCCAUGCGAUUAUUAACUCACAUUACUUAUUGAUGUCAUUGUUAGCUAUUCUCCUUUUAAUGCCCGCCUUCCUACCGUGAUCUUUCAAUUGUCACUUUUAUCUGCUUUUUUUGUUGAAGCACUUCAGACAUGAGCAUGAAACCAUGGCAACAAGUUCCCUGUCUCCUGGUUGCUAACAAGCUGCAUGGAUGGAGGUGCAUCAGAGAGUCACGGCCCUGAGGUCGAUGAGUAAAAUCAAGAGGUCAUGUCGUGAGGGAUAUGAAAUACAAAUGGAUGUAAAUGUCAGUGCAGGCUUUUGUACGUGGUCUGGUAUUCUGCUUUUCAAUUUGGCACCAUUUUCUGACUUGUUUUGUGGAAAAGUAAAGCACAAAAGCACAAAAUCAUAAAACGAUGACUUCAGCUAUGUUAAUGUUUUCUGUUAUUCUCACAGCAGUUUUUGGUUGUAAUAAAGUGAAUCUUAAAUGUAGUUUAGUUUUCAGAAUUGUUGGUGUGCAGACAAUUAGAAUCACAUUUACGUUGAAUAAUUUAUUGCACUUUUAUACAUUCAUUUCGGUGUGACCAAAUCUUUUCUGUGCUACUUGUAAAAGAACUCACGGAACACAAAGAUGCAAAAAGACAGACAUACAAUCUCAUGUCAUCCAACAAUGCAAUACACUGUUCUCUUUAUGUUUAAGGCCAGCAUCACCGAAAUUGUGUGCAUUGUGCGUCGCUAUUAUACAUACAACAGUUCAUUUCAAAGAAAAACAGUUUUCAAAUGAUUGCUUUCUCACAUACGGACAAAAAAAUAAAGCAAUUGCAGUGUGCACAAACCAUUUGUUUUCACCUUCUUUUUAUCCUGUUGAUUAAGUGACAGCAAAUACAGUUUUGCAGGUACUGUGACACCGGCAUCUCACUAUCACAGUUGUACUGCAGCCAGAUGAUAUUUGUUUUGGAGAUGCAGGGAAAGGAUGAAACCAAACAUGGAUGAAAGAAAUGCUACACAAUAUGUUAAUAAGCUAAACAUGGGAGCAGAGCCAGCUGGCCCAUUAGUCAACUUCAAUAACAUAUUAAAAUUAUUAUUAAUUCUUAAAAUGGAAACACUCACUGAUUCACAUUUAAAGCCAAUUUCACAUUCCCACUAAUGAUAAUAAAUAUCAUUUUUGUUUGUUGUUUUGUAUAUAGUUGUGUAUACAAUAGGUAUUUUGCAUAGUUAUUUUUUUGUAAAACAUUGGUGCAUAUCGUAUAACUGUUGAUUGUAGUAGUAGAUUUGUAUUGUGUGCAAAUUGUGUGGUUUUGAUUGUUUGGUGUUGAAUGUUGUAUUGAUUUUUUUAUUACUAUCAUUAUUAUUAUUAUUAUUUAUUCACUUAUUUACAUGAUUUUUAUUUUGUGGAAAGGUAUUAAUUUAUAUUGUAGUUCAGAUUUCUUUAUUUGGAAUUUGUUAACCAUGUAAAUUGGGUGACACAUUAAAAGAAAAAGGUGAAAACAA